GGUUGGCUUUUCGAGCAUGCUAGUCAGCGGCUGAAGGCAUAGGGGCAGAUGUAACUGUACUUUAGCUUUUGCUUUAAACACGUGAAUAGCAAAGCAUCGGUCAAGGAAAAUCAAGUCAGAUACUGUUAGUGUUUUAUUUUUGAAGUAGUACAGUUUAAAAUUUGAAAUAAAAGUUAUUUUUAUUAUAUAUUUUUUUUAAAAAAUUGAACAUGGCGGAUAUUGAUAAUGGUGGUGCGGAGAAGAGCUUGGACGAUUUCUUUGCCAAGCGGGACAAAAAGAAGAAGAAAGAAAAAACUAAAGGGAAAGAGCAGGCGAUAGCCCCAGGACCUAUUAGUCUGAAAAAGAAUAAAAAAGAGAAGGAGAAGUCUGCGAAAAAUGAAAACCAAGACACCCAGCAGGAAAAGGAGGAUGAAGAAUGGAAGGAGUUUGAGCAGAAGGAGGUGGACUACACUGGACUUAGGCUCCACGCUCUACAGCUGAGUGAUGAGAAGGAGGAGGAGGAGUAUGAGAAGAAAGAAGAGCUGGGAGAAGAUGGGGAAAUAAUAGUCUUCAGUGGAGACAAGACAUCAGGGCCAUGGAACAAGUCUGCACCUGCUGCCCCUGUCUCUGUUGCACCCGUGGAAGUUGAAGUGCCGGAGCCAAAGCCGGCAGGCGUGUACAGACCUCCCGGAGCCAGAAUGAGCACAACGAAGAGGGGGCCUGCGCAGGGGCCCCCCGAAAUCUUCAGCGACACCCAGUUCCCUUCUCUGCAGGCCACUGCCAAGCAUGUGGAAACCAAAAAGGACAGAGAAAUGGAGAAAACAUUUGAGGUAGUGAAACACAAAAACAGAGCACGAGAGGAGGGUGGUGGGGGAAAGGCCAUGGCUCAGCAGCUGCAGCUUGACAACCAGUACGCUGUCCUUGGAGACAAGUAACAUUGCGCUUAAAUCUUGCCUGAGAGCUGGUACCCAUCCAAUCACCCAUGGUAACUAAACUACAGCUAUGGAUUACAUCUGCUGUUGCAGAACUGGGCCAGAAACGACAAGACUCAGCCGAUAAAGACCUAGACCAAAUUUAAGGGCCAUUAUGAAAGUGUGUGCUUUACAACAGUGGAACAGGAAUAAUUAAAAAAAAAAACAUCUUUUGUCUACUGUGGAUCAUAUUUAGUAAAGAGGAGGUAAGAACGAUAACUGGUUUUAACUGUCACUAUGCCAAGCAGAGAAGUGGUUUUAUAAACUACUGGGUUUGUAGCUGUUUUGCAGCCAAACUGCGCAUUUGUUUCACAGCAAUUUUGUGGUGGGAGUUAUAGCCUUGUGAGAGGGGCUACUACCUCAGGUGUGUAACCAGUUAAAACUGUUGACCAUACCUUGCAUUGGAUCCUGAAAACGCCAUUGCUUUAAAAGGAGGACACCUGACCUGUUCAGUUCUGAAUUUGGAAGACCGGACUGAAGGAUGGGACAUUGUGAAACUCGCCGAGGGAAAAGGUUAUGAUCUGCUUUACAAGAAUGACUCUUUAAAGUGCCCUUACUGUAAAAUAAAGCUAGAAUCCUGUGUGGCGUCCUCUAAGAAGAUUUUGGGUUUUAUUUUAUAGGCAGUAGCUCACUCCUGGAACACACCACUUUGAAAAAAGCAAUCUUUCUGUGCAUCCCCGACUAAGAAGGUAGUGCAAAGCUGUAGUUUGAGUUCCUACGGAAUUUGCAAAUGAACUGCUCGUUUUUUUUUUUCCAACUGACCCCAUGCCCGCCAUCCAUUUGUUUUUGUUCACAUUGGCAAACCAUUUUAUGGUUAACAUUAAAGAUGUACUUUGUAAACUAAAGGAUAAUUAACUUCUUAACUAGUUUAUUGUUGUGUCUUUAUCUGUUGUUUCUGGCUUUGCUUCAAUCUUAACUUGAGAAUUUCUUUUUCUCCCCCUGGUAUCUCUGGAUUUGAAGAAACUGGUUUUAAUGCAUUCAGCCACAUGUAUGGCAAGCAUAUACCUGUUCCAGACAUUUUCUUGUUUUUCUCCAUGUGUGUGGUUUGAGUGCUGUAAGAAUUGCAAUGGUAACAGCAUCUGUGGGCAUGUAAUUUGUUUGAGACUGACAAUGAAAGGGUGUUAAUUGAAAGAUAAAAUAUUGAUGCUGUUUACUUUCAGUACCAACUAGAGCAAUACUUUCUUGAAAGUAAUUUCUUUAGAAAUAAAAUAACUUGGCCGGGGGAUGACUGAAAUUAUUUUAUAUAAGAAGUAGAUAAAAAUGAAUAGUCAGAACUGUGGGUCACAUUGAGUGAUAAAGUUAUUAUAUGAGCAACAUAUUGAUUAAUUUCAAAGUCCCAUCUAUCUGUUACAUGUGGAGGAUGCAGGUUAGUGAUGGAAAGCACCCCUGAAAGCAGACUGCAGUGUCGGAAUGUCCACAUCUCUACAAUAUAUUUAGAUGCUGGUGUUAAACUGAAGUCUCAUUGAAGGGUGACUUGGCACAAUCUAUUUAUAAUAAUGUCCUGAUAUUGACUGCACACAAGGAAGAAGCUUUAACGGCUUAAAUGUGAGCUUUGCAGACUUCAGACAUUUUAUAUUAAGGAUUGAAAAUUGAUGUCUCCCCUCUUUAACAUAUUUCAGUAAGUACAAUAUUAAUUCCUUUUCAGAUUUUGUAAAAGCACUGGUUGUUCUAUGAACUCCCUCAAUUUGGAAUGGCUUUUAUCUUUGUUUUGGCUCAUAUUGACACCCCCCAGUAUCCACAUUGGCAAAAAUGCCAACCUCCAGACUGAUGAGCUCUGAUGAGCCCCGCCUGUCGAGCCAUUCAUUAUUUUGACGUGCUGCAGGCUCUGCCGAAUUUCACAGGAAGUUCAGCACCAAUUUUUUGCUUCACGAAUGUCACAGGAAACCUGCCGUUUCUCCCUGGGAGCUGAGAGCGCACUGACUGACCCUGUCCUGGGCAGCGCUUAGCCAGUGACGCACUGCUGCCUGUGAAGCACAGGUCACAGUCAAAUAGACCCAGCUGGAACUCCCCUGAUGAAAUCUGAUCUGUCCUGUAUGAAGAAUGAUGUUUUUUUAAUUUGCUGCAAAGGAUAUUAAUGCUGCAGAAAUCAAAUGUUUUAGUUUUUAACACUGACACCAUUGUGAUGAUAAUCGCAUAGAUCAAUUUAGAUGUUAACAAAGAUCCAGUCCUGUCCUGUGUGUACAAUGCCCCAAACCCCAGACAUCUGUCAUUAUUUCUAAUAAUGGUUUGUCAUAAAUUUUAUUGUCAGUUGAGUUAUUAAUGGAAACCGAAACUGAAGUGUUGCCAGAAAGGUUUUGUAAAAUGGAGACCUGACAUGGAUCCCCACCCCCCCCCACAGUAAGACCUGGAACCACUUGUUGUCCAGGAGAUGCCUCAUAUGGAGUAAUAUUUGGUGGUGCUGUUGUUUUUUUUUAACAAGGCAGUCAUGCACUUUGCUUCUGUGUGGACAAGAUCACUGUCAUCUGGCCUGGGGAGUUGUAGCUUAUAGCCAGCCUGCCCACACAGUCCUGGGAUGUACAGUUAUGGGAAUAGUUCUGUAAUUGAACUGUAGCUGAAGAGGGGAUCCCACACAUGCUGUAGGAUAAAAUUCCAGUGCUUUGCCUGGCUAUGGCACAGUUAUGAUAGUUUUUCUAUUGUGUGAUCUGUGUGUACACAUGAGUGGUGGUCUGCUGUACUCUUGAGCUGAUGUAUCACUGCAUAAUGUCCUUUAACCUGGAUGUUUUCUCAUGGUUUCUAUUGUGUUAUGUUCCCUUUUAGCCCAUUAGUUGAAUCCAGUGUUUCUGGCAGUCUCAGACAUCUGCUAACCUGUGCCUGUUUUUAUUAGUAGUUUAUAUUUGUGUCUAGCAUUGCGUUACUGAUUUUUAAUUCUAAGGAGUUUUGCAUUUAUUCGCAGAGUCUUAAUAUAACAUGUAAUCUAGUUGCCUAGUGAAAAUCAACACAAAAAGUUCAACUUUCUUCCUUUGCCUUUAGCAAAUGUCAUUCAUUUUUGCAUUUCAUCUUUUAAGCAAACAUUUUAAACAUUCAACAUUCACACAGCUCCAAGCCAAGGCUGCUAUUAAAAACCAAGAAACUUGUUCAAACAUUUUUGCAAAAAGAAGUACCCUACUUCUACAGUUAAUCCAUAUUGUAUUUUUGCAGAUUAGUCAACGAUAAACAUCUUGAUUUGGCUAAAGGAUAUAGUCAGUAUAUGUUAUAGAACACAAUCUAUUAUGGGCUGCGUCAGAAGUACAUUUGUUAGUUAUUAUUAGUAAUUGAAAGUAUUUCACAAUGUUGUUUACAGUAAAAUGACGAGAACAGACUGUUAUGGAACAGACAUGACAUAGCUGAAUACAUUAUGCUGGUUAACGGUAGUCAUCAAUAGGGGGUCUACUGUGGAUGUCUUGAGCUGUGUGUGUGGCCACUGUUGGAGCCCGGCUGUGUAUCUGCAAUGUAUGCUUUGCACCAUGUGUCAAGAAAUAUUAAGAUAUUCGUCAGUCUACAACAGCACUUUAUGAAAAGAUGCGCACCACGGACGUUUCACAAUACAAGUACUUUUUAAGACCGUUUAAUUAUUCUGUGGUUGCAUGAGUCCUGCUCAAUUGUAAACAUUGUUCUGCAGUCCAUUAACAUUUCCAUAUAUGCGACAUCUCUUCAGUUCCUAAUUCAUCUUCAGUUUAAAAUAGCCCUUUUAAUUAUUGAAAUAUAUUUUCAUCACGUUGGAACUGCAAAAACAUUAAAAUGUCUAUAUUUGCGUUGGCUAUUCUACACAAAAACUGAAGGAGGCAUGUCGCAGUAGAUUAUUAAUACUUCUAAAAUUAGGAUGAAGCUUUUCUCCAAAUCUUAAAGUUUCAAAACCGUCCUAUACCAUUUUCCUAUUUUCUGAAAUAUCGGCAUGUGUAUCUUAUUUCUAUUUUCUUAUGUUUAUUUUUGUUGAGAUUUCAUAGACUAGAUAGCAACAUGCCACAGACUACACUAAACAAUAAAAUUUGAUUGAAAACA